AUGUCUAUUAAUGGCAAUAAUGUUAACGAAGAUUUAAAAAUUGAGAGAGAUGUAGUACUUUUUCAAUCCACUAAAUUGUCGUGUUUGGAUCAAGUAGUUAAAGGUUAUGACUUUAACAGAGGUAUUGAUUGGCAGGCUUUAUUGGAUUCUUAUACAAAUACAGGAUUUCAAUCAACAAAUUUAGGAAUUGCAGUAAAAGAGAUCAAUUCAAUGUUGGAAGAAAGAUUAAGACCGGUUAAGAUAGACCCGGAUAUAGAUCAAUAUUUUAAAUACCCUCCAGGCCGUUUGCGACCAUCAUUGACGCUUUUUCUUGGUUUUACUUCUAAUUUGGUUACGUCGGGAUUGAGAGAUCAUAAUUUGGUUGAUUGUGUCGUUACAAGUGCUGGAGGUGUUGAGGAGGAUUUAAUUAAAUGUCUUCAUCCGACAUAUUUGGGUUCAUUUAAAAUGUCCGGUGCUUGGUUACGCUCUAAUGGCAUUAAUAGAGCAGGAAAUUUACUUAUUCCAAAUGAAAAUUAUUGCAAAUUUGAGGAAUGGUUAAUGCCUAUUUUAGACACUUGUUUAAAUGAACAAAAACAAAAAGGAUUUCGUUGGACACCUUCAAAACUUAUCAACAGACUUGGAAAAGAAAUUAAUGAUAAAAAUUCAAUUUGUUAUUGGGCAUGGCAUAAUAAUAUACCAAUUUAUUGUCCGGCAUUAACUGAUGGCUCUUUAGGAGAUAUGCUAUAUUUUCAUUCAAUGAAGAACCAAAUGGAUGGUUUAAUAAUUGAUAUUGAUCUUUGUCAUAUUAAUUCAAUGGCAGUUAUGUCAUUUAAAAGUGGAGUAAUAAUCUUGGGAGGCGGAGUUGUCAAACACCACAUAAACAAUGCUAAUUUGAUGAGGAAUGGUUCCGAUUAUACAGUUUAUGUUAAUACUGGACAGGAGUUUGAUGGUUCAGAUUCUGGGGCGGAACCAGACGAAGCUGUGAGUUGGGGAAAAGUAAAAAGUGAUGCAAGGACUGUGAAAGUUAAUGCCGAUGCAACAUUAGUUUUCCCUCUUAUUGUUGCCAGAACAUUUGCACGAGUUAUCGAGGAAAGAAAUAUCAAGGAAGGUGAAAAGAAAAAUAGUGUUUAA